UUUUCAGAUUUUGAUGACAAUGGACUAGGCAGUUAUGGCUGAUUCGAGACCAUCUGUGAAAACAACAGAAAAGGGCUUGGGUUCAAAGUCCAAGACCACAAUGAAUAAUAAUGGCAAGAUCCCAAAGCUUCCGCCAAUAAUUCAAGAACGUAGCGCUUCAGCAAAGGAGAGGCGACAGACGCUUCUGAAACACAGGAGGAAAAAUGAGGUGCAAGGUCUGAUGGACAAAAUCCUGUACCAGCGAGCUCUGGACAGCAUGGAGCAGACUGUCAGUAAAACUGAAUCUUCCAAGCUAGCCCCUCAACCCCCAAAGUUUCCCGACUCAAUGAUGAGUGAACAGAGAAAGCAAAGGAUGAACUAUCAAUUCCUGAAAUCGUGUGUCGCUCAAGCGCCCAUUGUCUCGAUGCAAGAUUCCAGUAAAAACUCUAUUUUGUCCAUGAUUCCCAAGAAAUGCAAAGAGGGAAGAGGAAGGCAAGAGCGAAUAAACUCCUUGUUUGAAGAAGUAAUCACCGAGUAUGAGGAUAGUAUGAAAAAAGCGACAAUUCAACAAGUUUUGGUCAAACCGGCAAUCAAAGGACUGGAAGAAGAUGACAAUUCUGCUCCGUAUGAAGAACCACAAAUGGUGUGGGAUACCAAUAUGCUGUACAAACACGAGUUUGUUACACAAACCGGGAUGGGUCUGGACUUCUCGACUCCUUGGCAUGACCAAGUGCAGAAGCACAGAGUUCAGAUUCGUAAUCGCCUUCAUCUCUUGCACCCUGCCAUGCAACAGGUUCUGCACAUGUGUCACAACACACUAGGGUCUAUCAUGCUGAUUGAUCUCACAAACCUCAGGAUGAAAGGCCCUGUAUCGGUCAAUGACCUUAGAAAUGAUGUCAAACUGGAACUGGAGAAGACGGAGACUAAAUUACGCAAUCAGUGGUACCCGGAGAUAGUGCGUUUGUUUGUGGCCAAGAACACCAUCGCAGACAUCCGGCCGGAGAUGCUGGACUCGUUCUAUAAUUGCGUGUCUGUACUACUAUCAAACCAACUGAAAAUGCUCAAAAACCAGACGAUCGAAGGGUGGGUGAAACUCUUCAAACCUGAGAACUCAGACUUUCUGCCUUGCUUCAAAUUACAGCUGGUGUUGGACGACAACAUCAUGCAGUUCUAUCCAAAUUUCGACGAUCUGAAAGACACUGUUUUGUACGUGGUUGACGAGAUCACGAAAUGCAUGCAGAAUUUUCAGACAGUUCAGUCGUGGAUGUCAGCUUCAAACGAAACGCAGGCUGUGUACAUAGACGUGAAGACAGCGGAAUUCAUCAUAAAGAGUGCCAACAAGCAACUGGUGCAGUCGGUCAAUGAGAACUUCGAACACGCACAGACAUAUCUCGGCGGCUACAUUGAGGAGUACUCGUACCUAGUGAAUGGGGAGGCAGUCAAGGUGGUGGAGCAGUUCAUGGCCAAUGAGGAACACGAGUUCCAAGACUACACCAGGGAAAUAGCCAAAUACAAGAAAUUGUGCGAGGAUAUCCGCCAGCUGGACUCACUUGUCACUUUCCCCCUGGUCAGACUGGACUGCAGUGACCUGAAGAGAGGUCUGUCUGACAAGGCCAAACAAUUGGCAGACCUGCUGCUACACAAAAUUGCAAACAGCCACAGAGAAGAGAACAUCAGCAUUUGCAAAGACUACGAGCACAUCGAGGAACAAUGUCUGAAGGAAGCGAGAAACACGGAAGAACUGAUGGAACAACAGAACUUCAUCGAGAACGCCAGAUCCCUGGGAACCAUACAACUCCUGGAGAGAAUCAAGGAAGUGAAGAAGAGGCUGGACUACUUGUUGAACAACCACCUCUUCAGCCAGGAGGACUUGGAGCUCAAUUCGAUGACAGUCACUUGGCCGAAGCGAGUUCAGCCGAUAUUCGACAAAAACGACGAGGUUGUUGAGAAGGUGAGGAAAGAAAGGGAGACGGUGUUGAACGAGAAGAGGGAGGAGGUGGUGCUGGAGUUGAGCAAACUGAAGGCCAAGGCCACCGACAUCAAGGAGUGUGGAGACAUGGACCAGAUCACCACUUACAUGAACGAGUUGCGUGUGAUCCAGAAGAGAAUGAACGAAGUGAAGGAUAACAUAUCAUUUGUGAGUAAGGAGGAGGAGCUGUUCAAGGUCAAUGAGCCCACUGAGUUCCCAGAAGUGGACGAGAUCAACAACAUCAUAGAGCCAUACCAGAGACUGUUCGCCAUUGUGGCCAAGUGGAUGAAGACAGAGCGAAAAUGGAUGGACGGCGCUUUCCUUGACCUGAACUCGGAGACCAUCAGCAACGAAGUACAGGAGUUCUGGACAGACAUCUUCAAAGUGAACAAGUUCUUCCAGCAGGUGAAGAAGAAGGAGAUGCUGGAGAAGGCGAACAAGGAGGGCAAUGUGGUGAAGAGGAAGAAGGAGGGGGGAGGGGAUGACUCAGCUGAAGAUGAGAUGUCUGCUAUCACUGUGUGCAACAAGAUCAUGGACCAGAUCAAGGACUUCAAGGAGUACAUCCCGAUAGUGUCUAUUCUGUGCAACCCUGGAAUCAGGGAGAGACAUUGGGUAAAGAUGAGUGAGAUAGCGGAGAAAGACAUCACCCCCGACUCAGGCACCACUCUGAGGAAGGUGCUCAAGCAGGAACUCAACGCAUUCAUGGAGGACUUCGAGACCAUCAGUGGAGCUGCUUCGAAGGAGUUUGGCCUUGAGAAAGCGAUGAUCAAGAUGAAGGAAGAGUGGGAGAUUAUAGAGUUCAACCUGAUAGACUACAGAGACAGCGGAGUGAAGAUCCUGGCCUCAGUGGAUGAGAUCCAACAGGUGCUGGAUGACCAGAUUGUCAAGACACAGACUAUGAGGGGGUCGCCCUUCAUCAAGCCAUUUGAAACCGAAAUCAAGGAGUGGGAGGAUAAGUUGAUGAGGAUGCAGGAGACAAUAGACGAGUGGCUGAAAGUGCAGAGUCAGUGGCUCUACCUGGAACCCAUCUUCUCCAGUCCAGACAUCAUGAGUCAGAUGCCAGAGGAGGGCAGACUGUUCACCAUAGUUGACAAGAACUGGAAGGACAUCAUGAGACACGCAUCCAGGGAUCCCAAAGUGAUUCCGGCGACUGGACUGACUGGCCUUUUGGAGAAGCUCAAGGACAGCAAUGAUUUAUUGGACAAGAUCCUCAAGGGACUUAACGCAUACCUCGAGAAGAAACGACUCUAUUUUCCCAGGUUCUUCUUCUUGUCCAAUGACGAGAUGCUGGAGAUCCUGUCUGAGACGAAGGACCCGACCAGAGUGGAGCCCCAUCUGAAGAAGUGCUUCGAGGGCAUCGCCAAACUACUAUUCUCGCCCUCGCUAGAUAUCUUAGCUAUAUACAGUGCGGAGAGUGAACAGGUGAAACUGAUAGAGACGAUCAACACUGUGGAGGCCAAGGGGGCGGUGGAGAAAUGGCUGCUCACUCUGGAGGAUGUGAUGUUGAGGUCCAUCCGUGACGUCAUAGACAAGAGCAAGGACGCAUAUGCCAAUGAGCCCAGACAGAAGUGGGUGCUGGAGUGGCCUGGACAGGUUGUCCUCUGCACAUCUCAAAUCUACUGGACUCUGGAGGUCCACGAAGCUAUUCGAGAGGGUCCGAAAGGACUCCUGGAGUACCACAAGAAACUACAGUCUCAAAUGGGAGACAUAGUCCAGCUAGUUCGAGGCAAACUGAGCAAAGGUGCGAGGACCACUAUGGGUGCAUUGGUGACCAUAGAUGUGCACGCUAGAGACAUUGUUGAAGAGAUGGCCCAAAAAGGUGUCCAUACAGAGAAUGAUUUCGAGUGGCUUGCUCAGCUGAGAUACUACUGGGAGAAUGAUAACUGCAGAGUGAAGAUUAUCAAUGCCAGCGUGAAGUAUGCUUACGAGUAUUUGGGAAACACACCUCGACUUGUGAUCACGCCUCUAACUGACAGAUGCUACCGAACCCUGGUGGGUGCAUUCCACUUGAACCUGGGAGGAGCCCCCGAGGGACCAGCAGGUACUGGAAAGACAGAGACCACCAAGGAUUUGGCCAAGGCACUGGCUGUGCAAUGUGUCGUGUUCAACUGUUCCGACGGUCUCGACUACCUGGCCAUGGGAAAAUUCUUCAAAGGACUAGCCAGCUCCGGUGCAUGGGCUUGUUUCGACGAGUUCAACCGAAUCGAACUCGAGGUACUGUCUGUCGUCGCUCAGCAGAUCCUCUCGAUCCAGAGAGCAGUCCAGGAACACCUGGAAACCUUUGAAUUUGAAGGCACAACGCUGGUUUUGAACCCCAAUUGCUUUGUUGCAAUCACUAUGAACCCCGGCUAUGCCGGAAGAUCGGAACUUCCCGACAACUUGAAAGUCUUGUUCCGGACAGUUGCUAUGAUGGUUCCGGACUACGCUCUAAUUGGAGAGAUCUCCUUAUACUCGUAUGGGUUCCUGGACGCUCGGAACCUAGCGGUGAAGAUCGUGAUGACCUACCGACUGUGUUCUGAACAGUUGUCUAGUCAGCCGCAUUAUGACUACGGAAUGAGAGCAGUCAAAUCAGUGCUGGUUGCUGCCGGAAACCUUAAACUGAAAUUCCCCGAUGACAGAGAAGAUAUUUUGCUUCUGCGUUCGAUCAAGGACGUCAACCUGCCCAAAUUCCUCUCCCACGACAUCCCCCUGUUCAACGGCAUCAUCUCUGACCUGUUCCCCGGGGUGGAGCUACCGGAGGCAGACUACAGUGACUUCCUGCAGGCAGCCAUGGACAAGUGUGAGGAACACAAUCUGCAGUGUGUGGACAUAUUCAAGGAGAAACUUAUUCAGACUUACGAGAUGUUGCUAGUCAGACACGGUUUCAUGUUGGUGGGUGAGCCGUUCUCGGGGAAGACGAAGGUGCUGCACACUCUGAGCGAGAUGUUGACAUUACUAAAUGACAGAGAACAGAUGGAGGAACAGAAGACCCUCUUCAAGACCAUCAACCCCAAGUCUAUCACCAUGGGACAGCUGUACGGAAUGUUCGACCCUGUCUCACAUGAGUGGAGUGAUGGUGUUGUGGCGAAGACGUUCCGUGAGUUUGCGCACACCGAAUCUCCUGACCGGAAGUGGGUCAUAUUCGACGGACCCAUAGACGCUGUCUGGAUCGAGAACAUGAACACUGUGCUGGAUGACAACAAAAAGCUCUGCCUCAUGUCUGGAGAGAUCAUCAAGAUGAGUGACCCGAUGACCCUGAUCUUUGAAGUCAUGGACCUGACCCAAGCAUCUCCUGCUACUGUGUCCCGUUGCGGCAUGGUGUACCUGGAGCCGAGUCAACUCGGGUGGGAGCCGAUCAUGAAGUCGUGGAUUUCGAAGCUGCCCGAGGAGAUCAACAACGAAGUGACAGUGGAGCUGUUCGAUUGGCUGGUACCACCGUGUCUAGACUUUGUCGUCAGAAACUGCAAGUCGUGGGUUCCGGUCAGUAAGAUCAACUUGGUUAAGUCCCUGAUGAACCUGGUUGAGAUUCUGAUGAAACCCCACUUGGAAGAAGAGAACAAAAAGAGUGUCCGACAGUGGCUCAUCAGCAACUUCCUCUUCGCUCUUACCUGGUCUGUCGCCGGAUGUCUGGACCUGUCCAGUCGGGAUAAAUUUGACGAGAGAUUCCGAGCUCUCAUGAGUGGAAAAGGAGAUGACGUCCCGGCGAUUCCGAAUGCCAUCGGAAAGCUCGACAUACCGUUCCCUGAUAACGGAACUGUCUUUGAAUAUGUUUAUGAGUGCAAAAACAAAGGCAGAUGGAUGCACUGGAAUGAAACUAUCAGAAGCAUCGAAGUCGGAGGUGCGGAUUCGAACACCCCACUUCACGAAAUACUGGUGCCGACUGUCGACACUGCAAGGGCCUCUUUCUUGGCAGACAUCUGCAUCAAAAACGACAAGCCAUUGCUGUUUGUGGGUCCCACUGGAACUGGUAAAUCUGUUUACGUGAAAGACAAACUUCUUAACGGAUUGGACAAGGAACAGUACUUGCCUCUGUUCAUCAACUUUUCUGCGCAGACAAGUGCAAAUCAGACACAGGAUCUAAUCAUGACUAAGCUGGACAAGAGACGUCGAGGAAUCUUCGGUCCCCCGAUUGGCAAGAAGACUGUCAUCUUCGUAGAUGACUUGAACAUGCCUCAGCUGGAGAUCUACGGAGCUCAGCCUCCCAUCGAGUUGCUCAGACAGUACUUCGACCACGGAAAUUGGUACGACAGAAAGGACUGUUCCAAACUGCAACUAGUGGAGAUUCAGUUCGUGUCUGCCAUGGGUCCCCCGGGCGGAGGCAGGAACCCAGUCACUGCCAGAUUCCUCAGACACUUCAACAUAGUGUCCAUCAACCCAUUCGCAGAUGAAGCCAUGACCAGGAUCUUCACUAAACUCACAGACAUCUACUUCAAGAGAGAGGAAUACUCGCCCGAGUGGCUCACUAUCGGACACAGCAUGGUGGCGGCCACUAUGGAAGUUUACAAGCAGGCCAUGGCCAACCUCCUCCCCACUCCUGCCAAAUCUCACUAUGUCUUCAACCUCAGGGAUUUCUCCAGGGUGAUCAAUGGAGUGUGCACAAUAAAGAAACUGAGAGUGGAUAAUAACAAGAAGGUGUUCACCAGACUGUGGGUACAUGAGGUGUUCAGGGUGUUCUAUGACAGACUUAUCGACGCUCAAGACACCGAAUGGCUAUUCGGGUUGACUCGAACCUUAGUCAAGGACAUUUUCAAGGACUCGUUCGACAGUGUGUUCGAAUGUGUGACGUCUGCAGGAGGCAGAGUGGACGAGGAUGACAUGCGGAGUCUGAUGUUCGGCAACUACAUGAACCCAGACGCGGAGGAGGAGGAGCGGUUCUACGAGGAGGUGACGUCAUUGGACACUUUUAACAGUGUGGUAGAGCAGCAGUUGGAAGAGUACAACCAGGUCAACAAGACCAAAAUGAAUCUCGUCAUUUUCAGAUAUGUGCUGGAACAUCUCUCGAGAAUAUCGCGAAUCGUGAACCAGCCGGGUGGAAACGCACUUCUCGUCGGAGUUGGAGGCAGCGGUCGACAGUCUCUCACGCGACUCGCUGCUUUCAUGUCUGGCAUGGUCGUGUUCCAACCCGAAAUCAGUAAGACAUACGGGAUGGUCGAGUGGCGAGACGACUUGAAAAUCGUCCUGAAGUCGGCAGGUGCACAGGGAAAGCACACGGUGUUCUUAAUCACAGAUGCACAGAUUAAGAUGGAGUCUUUUUUGGAAGACGUGGACAAUCUGCUAAACACAGGAGAGGUUCCUAACUUGUUCGCUCCCGAUGAGAAACAAGAGAUUUUGGAGCUUGUCCGCCCUGCUGCUCAGGGUGGGGACAAGAAUGCGGACUUCACCCCUUUGGCACUGUACAACUUCUUCGUGAACAGAUGCAGACGCUUCCUGCAUAUCGUGAUUGCAUUCAGCCCCAUCGGAGAUGCAUUCCGAAACAGACUCAGACAGUUCCCCUCACUCAUCAACUGCUGUACCAUUGACUGGUUCAAGGCCUGGCCAGAAGAUGCUCUGGAGCGAGUGGCGUCCAAGUUCCUGGAGUCGGUGGAGUUGGGCGAUGACGAGAGGGAGGAGAUCAUCAAGCUCUGCAUGCUCUUCCACGUCUCAUCGAAGGAACUGUCCGAAAGGUACCUGACUGAGCUGGGUAGAUACAACUAUGUGACACCCACAUCAUACUUGGAGUUGAUCAUGGCCUUCAAAGGACUGUUGGGUAAGAAGCGGGACGAAAUAUCCAAGGCCAAGAAGCGAUACGUGGUCGGACUGGAGAAACUCGCUUUCGCUGCUGAUCAGGUGGCGGAGAUGCAGAAGAACUUGACGGCGUUGAAGCCGCAGCUGGAGGAGACUACGAAGGAGACGAUUAAGAUGAUGGAGGUCACAGAAAGGGAGUCGAUCGAGGCGGAGAAGAAGAGUGCCGUGGUGGCCGAGGAGGAAAAGGUUGCGACAGAGCAGAGUGAGCAGGCACAGGGUCUGAAGGAGGAGUGUGAGAAUGACCUGGCAGAGGCCAUACCCGCCCUAGAGGAGGCCAUGAGGGCACUGGACACCCUUAAGCCUUCUGACAUCACCAUUGUGAAGUCCAUGAAAAACCCUCCUGCUGGAGUGAAGUUGGUCAUGGAAGCAGUCUGUGUCAUGAAGGACAUCAAGCCAGACAAGAUAAAUGACCCUUCCGGCAGUGGACAAAAGGUUAUGGACUACUGGGGUCCCUCUAAGAAACUCCUGGGAGACAUGAACUUCCUCAAUGAGCUGAAGACGUAUGAUAAGGAUAACAUUCCGGUGGCUGUGAUGACAAAAGUCAGGAAAGACUAUAUGCCCAAUCCAGAUUUUGUUCCAGAGAAAGUACUGAAGGCGUCCAGCGCGGCUGAAGGGCUGUGCAGAUGGAUCCGUGCGAUGGAGGUGUACGACAGGACUGCCAAAUAUGUGGCCCCCAAGAAAGCCAAACUGGCAGAGGCUGAACAGGAGGUGGCAGUGGUCAUGGCCUCCCUUAACGCCAAACGCACUGAGCUCAAGAACGUCCAGGACCGCCUGGCCUCUCUGAAGCAGCAGCUGAAUGACUCACAGGACAAGAAGGACAACUUGGAGUUUGAAGUGGAUCUGUGCGGGAAGAAACUCACGAGAGCAGAGAAACUCAUCGGGGGUCUGGGAGGCGAAAAAGACAGGUGGACGGAGGCCUCGCAGACCUUGCAGGGCGUCUACGACAACCUGACUGGGGAUGUGUUGGUGUCUUCGGGAAUCAUUGCGUACCUAGGUGCUUUCACCUCUGCCUUCAGGGCCGACUGUGGGAAGAACUGGGCCAAGAUAUGCAAGGAGAAGAAGAUUGCCUGUUCGCCUGUGUUCUCACUCAAGGAGACCCUGGGAGAGCCAAUCAAAAUCCGUGCCUGGAACAUCAAUGGGCUCCCAACUGACAACUUCUCCAUUGAGAAUGGUGUCAUCGUCGACAAUGCCCGACGAUGGCCUCUGAUGAUUGACCCUCAAGGUCAAGCUAAUAAGUGGGUGAAGAACAUGGAGAAAGAGAACAAACUGUCCGUGAUCAAACUGACUGACCCCGACUACAUGCGCACCCUGGAGAACAGCAUUCAGUUCGGCACCCCCGUACUCCUGGAGAAUGUCUACGAGGAAUUGGACCCGACACUCGAGCCUCUGUUGCUCAAGUCCACUUUCAAACAAAGUGGAGUGGAGUGUAUCAAACUGGGUGAGAACGUGAUUGAGUACUCGAGGGACUUCCGGUUCUACAUCACCACUAAGCUGAGGAAUCCACACUACCUGCCGGAAGUGGCCGUCAAAGUCACCCUUCUCAACUUCAUGAUCACACCUGAAGGUCUGGAGGACCAAUUGCUGGGCAUCGUGGUUGCGAAGGAGCGCCCCGAUUACGAAGAAGAAAGACAAGCACUCAUUCUGCAGUCGGCUCAGAACAAGAAGACUCUGAAGGAGACAGAGGACAAGAUAUUGGAGACACUCUCCUCGUCAGAGGGGAACAUUCUAGAAGACGAGAGUGCCAUUCAGAUCUUAGAUAGUUCUAAGAUACUGUCGGACGAGAUAUCGAAGAAACAGAAGGUGGCUGAGGAGACGCAGAAGAAGAUAGAGGAGGCGAGGAUGGGCUACAGACCCAUAGCAGUCCACUCCAGCAUCCUCUUCUUCUCCAUCGCGGACCUGCCCAAUGUGGACCCAAUGUACCAGUACUCUCUCAACUGGUUCAUCAACCUAUUCCUCAACUCCAUUCAGGAGAGUAACAAGAGCAAGAUCCUGGAGAAGCGUCUGAGGUAUCUGUCGGACCACUUCACCUACAACCUCUACUGCAACGUCUGCAGGAGUCUCUUCGAGAAGGACAAACUCCUCUUCUCACUCACCUUAUGCGCCAACAUACUACUUGCACGACAUGAGUUGAAGCGUGAGGAGUUCAUGUUCCUGUUGACUGGAGGUGUGGGACUGGAGAACAAGGAGAAGAAUCCAGCACAUGAGUGGCUGAGCAAGAAGAGCUGGGACGAGUUCUGCCGAUUCACCAAACAGUUCCAGCAGCUAGGACCACUCAAGAAUCACUUCCUUGACAACACGGAUGACUGGAGAAGGAUCUACGACAGCAAGGAGCCCCAGAAUGCUGAGAUGCCGUACCCAUUUGAGGAGAAACUGACACCCUUCCAGAAACUCAUCAUGAUACGCAUACUGCGAUCCGAUAAGUUGGUGCCCAAAGUGACCUCAUUUGUGUCGGAGAAGCUGGGCAAGAACUUCGUGCAGCCUCCUCCUUUCGACCUGAGCAAGAGCUACGCAGACUCCAACUGUGUCAUUCCCCUCGUGUUCAUCCUAUCUCCUGGAGCAGAUCCGAUGGCCAGUCUUUUGAAGUUUGCUGGUGACAAAGGCUUCAGUGGUAAUAAAUUCAACGCCAUCUCGCUGGGUCAAGGCCAGGGUCCUAUUGCGGCCAAGAUGAUAGAGCAGGCCAGACAGGACGGUACUUGGGUGGUGUUGCAGAACUGCCAUUUGGCUGUGUCCUGGAUGACCGCACUGGAGAGGAUCUGCGAGGAGUUCAACAUUGAGAACACCAAUCCGGACUUCAGACUGUGGCUGACUAGUUACCCCUCCCCUAAGUUCCCAGUGACUGUGCUGCAGAACAGUGUGAAGAUGACUAAUGAGCCCCCCACCGGACUGAGACAGAACUUACUCCAGUCCUUCCUCGCUGACCCCAUUAGUGACCCAGAAUUCUUCGCCGGCUGUCCUGAAAAGGAGGAUCAAUGGGAGAAGCUGUUGUUCAGUCUUUGUUUCUUCCAUGCUAUUGUUCAAGAGAGGAGGAAGUUCGGACCCCUCGGGUGGAACAUUGCCUACGGGUUCAAUGAGUCAGACAUGCGCAUAUCUGUCAGACAGCUGCAGAUGUUCCUGAAUGAGUACGACGAAGUGCAGUGGGCGGCCAUAGCGUACCUGGUGGGAGAAUGUAAUUACGGGGGGAGGGUGACUGACGACAGAGACAGACGGUGUCUCACCUCCAUCCUGGACGACUACAUAAACCCACUGGUCAUCACAGACCCCAAACACAAGUUCAGUGGAUCCAACAACUACCCAGUCCCUCCCAAAGGAGAGUACGACGACUACAUCGCAUUCAUCAAGGGUUUGCCGCAGACGCAGCUGCCGGACAUAUUCGGGAUGCACGACAACGUGGACAUCGCGAGGGAGCUACAGGAGACUAAACUGCUGUUCGACAGUGUCCUCCUCACCCAGGGCGGGUCCAGUGGAGGGGCAGAUCCAGAGGCAGAGCGGAAACUGCUGGAGACAGUCCAAAGUGUAUAUGAUAAACUGCCGCCUGAGUUUGACCUUGAGCAGGCCUCCAAGAAGUACCCUGUCACUUAUGCAGAAAGUAUGAACACUGUACUCGUGCAGGAGAUGGAGAGAUUCAACAAUUUGACGAAGGUGAUCAAGAGUACCCUGACCAAUCUGCAGAAGGCGGUGAAGGGACUGGUGGUGAUGAAUGCUGACUUGGAGACGGUGUCUCAGAGUCUCAUGAUCAACAAAGUGCCAGCCAUCUGGGCCAAGAAGUCCUAUCCUUCCCUCAAGCCACUGGCUGGAUACAUAGAGGACCUAGUUAAGAGACUUGAGUUCUUGCAGGAGUGGUAUGAGAAGGGUAAGCCGCAUACUUUCUGGCUGUCUGGCUUCUUCUUCACCCAGGCCUUCCUCACUGGCUCCAUGCAGAACUACGCCAGGAAAUAUGUCAUACCCAUCGACGCACUCACCUACGCAUUCAAAUUGCUUCGGGAGGACAGCAUGGACUCCAGUCCCGAAGACGGAGUUUAUGUUAACGGAGUAUUCCUAGACGGCUGCCGAUGGAACAGAGACAGGGGAGUUCUUGCCGAAUCACAUCCCAAAGUCCUAUUCGACCCCAUGCCAGUUAUUCAAGUGACCCCAAUUAAGAUAUCGGACGCGAGCGACAGUCUGGUCUACGAGUGUCCCCUUUACAAGACCUCGGAGCGAAAGGGAACACUCUCAACUACUGGACACUCAACCAAUUUCGUCUUAACGAUCAAACUGCCAACUGAUAAGCAGCCUGCACACUGGAUCAAACGAGGAGUGGCUUUACUGUGCCAGUUGGACGACUAGUUUUUUAAUCAAAAAGUCGAACGACUUUCAGCCGAAUUUCCAACAAUUGGCUAACUAGCCGAAACUGUGUUUUUAUCAUAACUAUUCUAUGAUUCUGAAUCGCAAAAAAAAGUAUUUUUUUUAAAAUAAUGUUUGAGUUGCUUCAACUUACCGUGUACAGUUUUUGUAGAAAAUAUAUAAUAUGUUCAUUAGUGUGUAUAUUUGUAUAAAGAAUUCAGUUUGAAACUAUC